CCGAACACGAGCGAGCAUUCUUUUUCGUUUUUCGGGGCAGUGUGUUUGCGUUCGUUGCCCAGCUAAAGAGUAUAACUUUCUAAUUUUUGUAUAGAAAGUACAACAGUCCAGCCAGACCAGACCGUCAGUUUCUCAGACGCGCGCUAACACAAGUCAAACACAAUGGGAAUCAAAUUCCUCGAAGUUAUUAAACCCUUCUGCAGUAUACUGCCGGAAAUUGCAAAGCCCGAGCGCAAGAUCCAAUUCAGAGAAAAAGUACUAUGGACCGCCAUCACACUGUUCAUUUUCCUGGUGUGCUGCCAGAUCCCACUGUUCGGCAUCAUGAGCUCCGACUCGGCGGAUCCCUUCUACUGGAUUCGUGUAAUUUUGGCCUCCAACCGUGGUACCCUCAUGGAGCUGGGUAUCUCGCCUAUUGUCACUUCGGGCCUGAUCAUGCAACUGCUGGCCGGAGCGAAGAUCAUUGAGGUCGGUGAUACGCCCAAGGAUCGCGCCCUCUUUAACGGAGCCCAGAAGCUGUUCGGCAUGGUCAUCACCAUUGGCCAGGCCAUCGUCUACGUGAUGACUGGCAUGUACGGUGACCCAGCGGAGAUUGGUGCCGGCGUUUGUCUGCUCAUCAUAAUCCAGCUGUUUGCUGCCGGUCUGAUUGUGCUGCUGCUCGACGAGCUCCUGCAGAAGGGAUACGGCCUGGGAUCGGGAAUCUCGCUGUUCAUUGCCACCAAUAUUUGCGAGACCAUCGUGUGGAAGGCAUUCUCCCCCACUACUGUGACGACGGGACGUGGCACCGAGUUCGAGGGCGCUGUCAUUGCCCUCUUUCACCUGAUGGCCACCAGGAACGACAAGGUGCGUGCUCUGCGCGAGGCCUUCUACCGCCAGAACCUGCCCAAUCUGAUGAACCUGCUGGCCACCAUUCUGGUCUUCGCUGUCGUCAUUUACUUCCAAGGAUUCCGCGUGGAUCUACCGAUCAAGAGCGCUCGCUACCGCGGCCAGUACAGCAGCUAUCCCAUCAAGCUGUUCUACACCUCCAACAUUCCCAUCAUUCUGCAGUCCGCUCUGGUGUCCAACUUGUACGUUAUCUCCCAGAUGUUGGCAGUCAAGUUCAACGGCAACUUCUUCAUCAAUUUGCUCGGCGUGUGGGCCGAUGUUGGAGGUGGCGGCCCAGCGCGCUCCUAUCCCAUCGGUGGUCUGUGCUACUAUCUGUCUCCGCCCGAAAGCGUCGGCCACAUACUCACUGACCCUAUCCACGCCCUGCUCUACAUUGUCUUUAUGUUGGGCUCUUGUGCGUUUUUCUCCAAGACCUGGAUCGAUGUGUCCGGCAGCUCAGCCAAGGAUGUUGCCAAGCAGCUGAAGGAACAGCACAUGGUGAUGCGUGGCCAUCGCGAGAACUCGAUGAUCCACGAACUGAAUCGCUAUAUCCCGACGGCGGCAGCCUUCGGCGGUCUCUGCAUCGGUGCACUAUCGGUAAUGGCCGAUUUUCUCGGCGCCAUCGGCUCCGGCACCGGUAUCCUGCUGGCUGUGACCAUCAUCUACCAGUACUUUGAGAUUUUCGUCAAGGAACAAUCUGAAAUGGGCGGCAUGGGCACGCUGCUGUUCUAAGCAGUAGAUCCGAAAUUCAAUCAACCAAUACUUCAUCAUAUUUCUCACACGCUCGCUCGCCCAUUAAACAACAAAAAGAACAAUCUGUAUUCCGUA